CUCGCUUAUAAGGUAGGCCAUGGGAAGGAAGAAAUCAGCGUUGGGCGCACCAAACGCCCGUUCGACGGUCUGCAGCCUGAGUAUCCCGCACAAUCCGCUUGCAUAGCUCCAUAUCUACUCUAAAGUCGGCCACGAUGACCCCUCGAACGCGAUCCCGUCCUCGUCCAAUCCUCAAAAGGGAUAUGUCCCCGACACCGCUUUCCAUUGACCUCCCAUUUGUAACAUGCGACUACAUUUUCUCUCCGCAUGUACAUUUUCCUCCGACUCCUUGGAUGGCCUCCAUGCGCUUCACCCACUCUCCGCAUACAUACGACCGUGCUCCGAUCGUCGUGUCACCGAACGCCUGUCUCUUGCCGAACAGAGGGGAGAGAAAGCCGCAUUCUCAGCUACGCUCUCCCGCGGCCGACCUCGACAAGGAGAGAAGGAGAGGCCGUUCACGCAGUCGCAGUUCCAGUCGAGAACGCGAAGAGGAAGAGGAUGAGGAUGAGGAUGAGACAGACGUGAAGGGCAGCUAUUUUCACCCGCGCGCGUAUGAGGCCUGUGCCCCAGAACCUCUCGACGUCCCCUCCACAGCAUUAGAUCUUCAUUCCCUACCAUCACUUGUCCCUGAUUUAUCUCCUUCGGACGAUCCCGACGAUGCAGUGAUUACGCCUUUGGACCCAAGCGUGUCCGCAAUUCUCACCACUCCCAUUCCGCUGCGCUUGGCGGACAGCCCACAAGCCUUUGCUGCGUCUACUCCAUCUGCUGUCUGUGGUAUGCAGGCGACCGAUGGGAGCCUCAUCUACAACCUACCUGCGAUGCUGACAUCUGAAGGAAAGAGGAGUAGACCCAUUCUGAAGAGGAGCGGCACAGCACGUACUAGAGUUACGAUGUUGUCUCCCAGUCUGGAUGAAGGCUGUUUAGGCGGAUUUUGAUUCCCGACCAUCGCAUCUUUGUAACGUUUUCUUGGAUUUCAUCACUUCGUGGCCCAUGUUUUGCAUGAUACUGUAUUGCUUAUAUUGAUAUCAAAUCUCCCACUGUAGCGUUCAGCCAUAUGAUGCUGUCAUUUCCAUAAUUUGCAUACUGUAUUUAACAAGAUUGGAUCUUCCUCCGAGAUUGCGCUCACUAGUAGCCAAUAAACAAAGCGUUUCUUACAUUUAAAC